CUAAACAACAGACUUGGUCUGAACUUGUUCUGCGACUUUGUUAAGUUUCCUAUCAGGAAGAGAGGCCAACAUGGUUCGUGAGGAGCUGGCGGUCCGUCUCAACGACAGGGAGUACACCAACUGGCUGAAAGCAGGACGGUGUCUGCUCUUGCUGAAGGACGGCCUGCAUCCCUUCAUCACCCACCACAUGAGCACUUUCCACCGAGACCUGCUCAACCAAAACGCUCUGCUACGGAAACCGUGUGAGACUUCUUCAUGCAGACCGAGAGGAAAUAAGCUUUCCUCACCAUGCAGGGUGUGUUCAGAGUGGCAGAGAGUGAUCCUGAGAUACCACAGACAGCCCAGUUCCACAGUGAACUGGGACAACUGUUUCCCUCCCCACUGGAGAACAGAUCACUGGGAACUGGCCAAGGCCUACAUGCCGCGGGGUCAGGGGAAAGUGAAGGGGGCAGAUCAAUGCGAUGCAUCUGCUCUGCUCAACCUAAUCAACUACUGUGGUGGUUUCCAGUCUGUGGAUACAAAAUUUGUGAGAGAGGUGAUCCGUUACAGGAAUGAGUUGAUGCAUUCUUCUGAGUUUCACAUGAAGGAUGAAUGGAUGAAGCACUACCGGGUCGCCCUGAGGAACCUCGUGCGGCAGUUCAGCCACGUACCACAGAUGGCAACAGCAGGACGACAGAUAGAGGAGAUGCUGACUGUUGAUUUGUCAGUAUGUAUCUCUGGUUUGGACCGGAUGGAUUCUGCUGAUCUGGAUGGAUUUGAGAUUGAUUCUGUCAGCCAAUGGGAGACCAGCGCCGACUUGAUCAGCCAAUGGGAGGCUGAGUUGCUGCAAGAGAGGCUGCAGGAGUUACUGCAUGCUGCUGAUGAUGAUACAACAACAUGGGAUGCUGAGCAGCUGAUGACGCUGGAUGGUUUCCUCCAGGCCAACAGAGAUCUGGGUGAGAGGUUUUCUGCAGAGCUCCAAGCCAUCCACUCGCUGCAGGCCAGAGAAUAAGAAGAAGGAAGAGGUUAAUAGGUUAAGAAUUUAGGCAGAUCAAGGGAUUUGUGGAUGUGCAUGUACAGUAUAUAGUGUUGUAAUGCAAUGUAAAUAAAGAAAUCUAUUGACUCUAUUGACUGAACACAA